UAUUUGACUUCUUGGAAUGUUCAACGGCAAGGAAGUCAUAAAAUUUUAUCUCAUACCUCGAACUGCGUAAUAUCAUAUAAUCUCUUCUCCGACGCAAGUAAACUCUCUUCUUCAAUCUAUACUACUAUACUGCCAAGAAAAUAAAAUAGAGACUUGAUCACCAGGAGGAGCAAUCAUGAGUGACGAUUCCAUGAUUAAUCCAGAGCUUGUAAUUGAUCACAAAUUCCCAGAGACGACAUACACCUAUAAUGAAAGAGAUGUUGCAGUAUACGCCCUAGGAAUUGGAGCAUGUAGCACAGAUGCUUUAGAUGAUAAGGAGCUCAAAUAUGUUUACCAUGAAGAUGGGCAACAAUCCAUUCAGGUGCUUCCAACUUUUGCAGCAAUCUUUUCCAUUGGACUUAUUAAUAACCUAGAGCAGUUGCCAGGAUUUAUGUUUGAUCCACGCCUUCUUUUACAUGGUCAGCAAUAUAUUGAGAUCUGCAAGCCUUUACCUUCUAAUUGUUCAAUGCGGAACAAGGCGAGCAUUGUAGGAUUGCAUGAUAAAGGUAAAGCUGCAAUUCUUGAGUUUGAAGUUUUGAGUUAUGAAAAAGAGACUGGUGAACUACUAAGCAUGAAUAGAACAACGGUUUAUUUAAGGGGUGCUGGUGGAUUCUCAAAAUCAUCUCCACCAUAUUCAUUUUCUAAGUAUCCAAAGGAUCAAACAGCUUCAAAAACUCCAAAGACUCCACCUUUUGUAGUACAUGAGGAACGUAUUCAACCAUCACAGGCAUUGCUUUACAGGCUCUCUGGUGAUUACAACCCUUUGCAUAAGCUGAAUAAAGUAAUCUGGCAGAUUGCAUGUUUGCUUUGA